AUGCUUGUGUUGUUCAUUCUAGCGGCGGCCCUGGCCGCUGCACACGCAAACAAUUCCUAUGUGGUGAUCGUCCCUUCCAAAAUCCGAGCCAACAUGGACUUCUCUUUGAGCGUGAAUAUCCUCAAUGCCACCGCUGACGUCACUGUUACAGCCACCGUGUUACGUGGUUCUACCCUGGUAGUCACCGGAUCUCAGGUAUUCCAGGCCGGCAAGCCUGGAACACUCUCUCUGAAGAUCCCUGCUGGCAUUCCCAACACCGCCUACUCCCUUGAGGUCAAGGGCAGCGGAGGGUUACAGUUCAACAAGACAACGUCCUUGGCAUUCAACAGCAAGGAGCUGUCCUUGUUUAUCCAGUCAGACAAGGCCAUCUAUAAACCUGGCGACACCGUGAAUUUCCGAACCUUUGCCGUGUAUUCGGAUCUGAAAUCUUUCACUGGACCAGUCGAUAUUUCCAUUUUCGACGCCCAGGCCAACAAGAUCAAACAGUGGCUGCAAGAACAACCACUCGAGGGGGUCAUCACCAAGACACUGACCCUGUCCUCCCAGCCCGUUCUGGGUGACUGGCGCAUCCGGGUGGAGACAGCGGACGCUAACGUGGAAAAGAUAAUCACUGUGGCUGAAUAUGUUCUGCCCAAGUUUGAAGUCGACGUCAUUAUGCCCUCCUACAGUCUGACCACUGACUCUGACGUCACAGUCACAGUCAAAGCCAAAUACACCUAUGGGGAGCCAGUGAAAGGCACAGCCAGUGUCAGUGUGUCACUGCUCAACAGCAACAGUCCUUAUGACGCCAGCAGAGGCCAGUCUGUCAGUUCAACAACUGUUCCAGUUGAAGGAGAAGCCAAAGUGACCAUCCCCAUGGCAACCGUCAAGAAAAUCAGUUCCGGCCUCAACGGACACAUCCUGGUGGUCACUGCUAACGUCACGGAGUCACUGACCGGUAACAUCAGGACCGGAAACGGAAGUGUUAAACUGUAUGACAAGGGCGUCACUCUGGAGUUUCCCAAGACCAACCCAAAUACCUUUAAACCUGGACUGAAGUACAUUGCAUAUUUGAAGGUUAGCCAGCCCGACGGUCUACCGGUCAGUUCCACCAACGACAUGGUCGGAGUGAGCCCAACGGUCAUCAUCGAGCUGCCCGGAGUCAGCCCUACACCCUACUACUACUACGAGAAGCCGACACAGACCAAGAAACUGCCAGAGACUAUGUACAGUGUCCCAGACAACGGACUCAUCGCCAUUCCCGUGGAUAUUCCCAAUGAUGCCAAAAGCGCCACUAUUACGGCCACAUUCCAAGGCGUGACAGCAACUCUGAGUCUAGGCAAGAGCCACUCGCCCAGCAACUCUUACCUUCAGCUGUCCCUGGAAACUACAUCAGCCAUUGAGGCAGGGGAUCUGAUCACAUUCACUGUGAAAUCGACGGAGCCGCUCAACAACGUGGUCUACCAGGUUCUUUCCCGAGGAGGGAUCGUGAAAACUGGCAGCAUUGAUGUCAAAAACGGCCAAGAAUACACGUUCUCCAUCACCUCCGACUCUAGCAUGGCACCCAACGCUAGGAUUGUUGUGUACUACGUCAGAGCUGAUGGGGAGAUAGUCACCGACAGCAUUAGCUUUGAUAUCAAUGGGGCUUUCAAAAACAAGGUGUCGUUAAGUGUCAACACCACUGAGGCGGAACCUGGUGACAAUAUCCAGGUGACAGUCACGGCUGACCCAUCGUCCACUGCCCACCUUCUGGCCAUCGACCAGAGCGUCCUUCUGCUCAAGUCCGGAAACGAUGUCACAGCUAAUGAUGUGUACAACGAGCUUAAAGCCUACGAUACCAUCGACUCAGUCAAGAACAGCUUCUCCCCGAUUCUCUUUGACCCCCUGGAUUGUAUCAACUGCCGCAGGAAACGGCUUGUCUGGUGGCCAUUUCCCAUUUUCUAUGGCGGAAACGAUGCCACGCAGAUCUUCCAGAACGCUGGUGUUACAGUCAUUACAGACGCUCUUGUCUAUCACUAUCAAGAGCCCAUUCACUGGGAGUGGAUGAAGCCAAUGUUUGCCGGAGCUGCUAUGGGCGGCAUGGCUGAUGGUGCCAUAGCCACUAGUGUCAGCCGCCCGCAACUCCCGCCAGCACAGGAAGUGACCACAGACAGCGGAGCUGACCUCCAGGAACCCGCCAGGAUCCGGUCCAAUUUCGCCGAGAGUUUUCUCUGGAGUGACCUGUCCAUUGGUGCCGACGGGAAGGGCUCAGUCUCCGCUCAGGUCCCUGACACCAUCACAUCAUGGGUGGCCAGCGCCUUUGCCAUCAACUCAGUGACAGGACUUGGGGUGUCUCCAACCCAGGCUCAUCUGAAAGUGUUCCGACCAUUCUUUGUCAGUUUGAACCUGCCGUACUCAGUCACUCGUGGUGAACAUCUUGCCUUGCAGGCCAUCGUCUUUAACUACCUGCAGGAGGACAUGCAG